CCCCGCACGUCUACUACAAGUAUUACGGUCAGCCCUCCAGCAGCUUCUGUACGUGGCAGCAGCUGAAAGCCCCCUGUUUGCUCCACGACACCGGGGUUCCGAGUGACACCGCGUCGAACAGGCGGUUCGUCUUCGUAAAACAGCAAAAUAAGCGUAUUGAAGGAGACAGGAUGAGAAGGUCGCAGUCCUUGGCCUCCUGGGCUCUGCUCUGUUGCUGCUGCUGCUGGAUCGCUCAGGCUGAGGUCUUUACCUCCAUCGGCCAAAUGACAGACCUGCUCUACACUGAGAAGGAGCUGGUCCAGUCUCUGAGGGACUACAUUAAAGCAGAGGAGUCCAAACUGCUUGCAGUCAAAAGCUGGGCCACUAAACUGGAUGCUCUGACCAAAGUGUCCACCUCCGACCCAGAGGGCUACCUCGCCCACCCGGUCAACGCCUACAAGCUGAUGAAGAGGCUCAACACCGAGUGGUCUGAACUGGAGAGCCUGGUGCUUCAGAACCCCGCUGACAGGUUCAUUUCCAACAUGUCCGUGCACCGACAGUACUUCCCAGAUCAGGAGGAUGAGACGGGUGCAGCCAAGGCGCUCAUGCGUCUGCAGGACACCUACCAACUGGAUUCUGAGGCCUUCUCCAGAGGAAAGCUGCCGGGCGUGCACUCCAACGUGAUGCUGACGGUGGACGACUGCUUCGACAUGGGGAAGACGGCCUACAACGACGCCGACUACUACCACGCCGUGCUGUGGAUGCAGCAGGCGCUGAAGCAGCUGGACGCUGGGGAGGAGGCUCAGGUGUCCAAAGUGGACAUUUUGGACUACCUCAGCUACUCCGUGUACCAGAUGGGGGACCUGCCUCGGGCCAUCGAGCUGACGCGGCGCCUGGUGGCCAUUGACUCCAGCCACCAGAGGGCAGGAGGAAACCUCCGGUACUUCGAGAGUCUGCUGGUCAAGCAGCUCAAGGAGCAGAACGAUGCCCAGCAGCCGGCUUCUGAGGAGCCCAUCCAGCUGGGCACCUACACGAGGCCCAAGGACCAUCUCCCAGAGAGAGAGGCCUACGAGGCGCUCUGCAGAGGAGAGGGAGUCCAGAUGACCGAAGCGCGGCGCAGCCGUCUGUUCUGUCGGUACCAGGACGGUAAAGGGAACCCUCAGCUGCUGCUGAAGCCCAUGAAGGAGGAGGACGAGUGGGACAGUCCGCACAUCGUUCGCUACCUGGAAAUGCUCUCGCACGAGGAGAUUCAGAAAAUCAAGGAGCUGGCGAAACCCAGGUUGUCCAGAGCUACCGUCCGUGAUCCCCAAACCGGCGUCCUGACCACAGCCAACUACCGAGUGUCCAAGAGCGCGUGGCUGGAUGCAGACGAGGACCCCGUCAUCGAAAGAGUCAAUCGGAGAAUAGAAGCCAUCACAGGCCUCACGGUCGACACGGCGGAGCUACUACAGGUACAGUAGAAGUCUGUUACUGCACAACGCUAUCGCGUGGCUGUUGCAGAGAU